GAAGCAGCACAUUGCAAAGGCGUAACGUGACGCAGGAGGACCUGGGACACACAUGGCUUUCUAAUGGAUUACUCUGAGAAGCAGUCCUGAGCUGCAGCGCUGUGAUCAGAAACACAGAGGACCUGCACAGCUGCUUCUUCAACACUAACAACCAAAAAAAGAAAAGUUGCCUGACUUCAAUGAAGAGAAAUUGAUUUUUCUUUUAUUAAUUGUGUUUCCUCCUGCCUGAUCUAAUUCAUUCAGGAAAUAACUGAUAUCACACUGAGUGAAGAGACACUGAUUGAGAGCUUUGAAGAUGUGAACAUUUUGGAAUAUGAUUCUUUUUGGGAUUCAGCUUCAGCACUGAGGAGGAUUACAUAUAACCACAGACAAGAGCAAAGCAAACUCAAAGAAAAGGACACAUGUGAGAGAGUCUGCCAUGCACUGAGGACAAGGAAUGGAAAGCAUCAGUGUGGAAACAGACUGGGAUGGGUUAGGCCUGUCCCCUCUGGGCGCCACAGGAAGACACAACUUCUCCUCCGCCUUCGUCUCCGAGCUCAACUCCUUCAACGCCUCCCACAGCGGAGGAUCCCUGUUCGGGAUCUUCCCCGAGAAUGGCUCCAGCCACUCGGCCCGCACCACGCCCCAGCCCCGGGUGCGAGACCCGAGCCUGGCCCGGGCCGAGAUCGCCGUGCUCGGGGUGGUGCUGGCUCUCACCACGCUGGGGAACGGCCUGGUGCUGUGGCUGCUGCUGAGGAGGAGGAAGCACAACGCGCCCAUGCACGUGUUCAUGGUCAACCUGUGUGUGGCUGACCUGGUGGUGGCGCUCUUUCAGGUCCUUCCUCAGCUCAUAUGGGACAUCACCGAGCACUUUCAGGGACCGGACUUUCUCUGCCGGUCCAUCAAGUACCUACAGAUAGUGGGCAUGUUUGCGUCCUCCUACAUGAUAGUCGCCAUGACAGUAGACAGGCACCACGCCAUCUGCUGCCCGCUGCAGGCCUACCGUGGAGGAGCCAUGUCCCGCUGGAACACCCCUGUCAUUAUAGCCUGGGCCCUGGCACUGGUGCUCAGCGUACCCCAGGUGUUCAUCUUCUCCCGCUCGGAGGUGGCGCCCGGACAGUUCGAGUGCUGGGGCCACUUUGCGAAGCCAUGGGGGCUGAAGGCCUACGUCACGUGGAUGACUGUGGCCGUCUUCGUCCUGCCCGCCCUCAUCAUCACCGUCUGUCAGAUAAGAAUCUUUCGUGAGAUUCACAAUAAUAUCUACCUGAAGUCAGAGCGGAUGGUGAUGGCCGAGCUGAAGAACAGCAAGAUCCUCUUUCGUUUCCACGGCUUCAAGAAGGAGGACGAGCGGACGAGAGAGAGGGGGAGACGAACGUCUGGGGGAGGGGGCAGAGAAGGGAGGGGAGGACAGCAUCUGAAGGGUGCAAAUAACAACCCCCACAAUAACCUCCGGAACAGCCAGCAGGCGGGGGAUUGUUACGACUAUGUACCCUCCGCCAUUCAGUACAACGCUCGCUGUGGAGAACCCGUGACGACGACGGCGCUGGCGGCACAGCAGCAGGCGCGCGACGGCCAGGAGACCCACGCCGGCUCUCCCCGCUGCUCCCUCGACUACGCCCCCCCUCACCCGCCGCCCACUCCGCCUCCCAGCAUCACGAAAGCCAUGUCCAAGACAGUGAGGAUGACCCUGGUCAUCGUGCUGGUCUACACCAUCUGCUGGUCCCCCUUCUUCAUCGUGCAGCUGUGGGCAGCCUGGGACCCCAACCCUCCAGACCAAGGAAUCGCCUUCACCAUCCUGAUGCUGCUGGCCAGUUUGAACUCGUGCACCAACCCGUGGAUCUACACGGCCUUCUCCAGCAGCGUGUCCAGAGAGAUGCAGAGCCUGCUGCACUGCCGGUCACGACCCGGCCGCCGGGGCUCCAUCCCCGACGACUCCACCACCACGCACACCUCCACCACCAAAGACAGCCUGUACUGACGGGACAUGAAACAGAUGACAUGUGGGAAAGGACGUGCACCCGCCGUAAGGACACACAAAUCUGCCGCUGCCAUAACCUCCAAAAUUACAGUCUGAGAGCAGCGCUGCCCUCCACCAGAUGUUUUGAACAGCGAAGGACAGCUGCACUGUCAGCAGGACAUCCAUGUGUAAUCACCUGACCAGCCUGGCAGUAAAGAAAGGUGCCAUUGGAAAUGUCAGCAUCAAGGAUACGCCUUCAUUUCACUGCACUUGACAAUGCAAAACAGCCUUGAAUAUCAGGACAUUUUCACCCCAGUUGCCAUUAAAGAGGACCUGUGUAGUGAAAAAAAAAAAAAAAAUCUGCCAUGCUCAGACAUGGCAGAGCAGCAGGAAUGCGAGGCGUGGAUCACUGCGCUAAUGGACUUAUGGCACGCCUAAUGUACAAAGCUGCAGACAUAUCUAUGGGUGUAAAGUAAACCAUGCGGCAGGACGAAGAAAAAAAGAAAUGAACACAUGCAGACAGCAAAACACAGCCAGACUGCAGCGGGGCAGAGAGCAGACAUGGGAUGUCACGGGUGUUACAGCUGCCGGAGCGGUCCUGGGAAGGCUACUCAUGAACUUUAAUAAAGAGAACAAAUUUUUCUAUAUCACAGGAGGUGGUUUUGUGAAGGCCACAUGAGGCCCGGAUUCAUAACUAAGAAGGAAUUCUGUUCUAAGUAACAAUACUGAUUUCUUUGUAAGAUAGACUCAUGUGCAUUUAAGACACAGAGGACAGGGGAAAAAAAAAACCCUCUAACAAACAAGCAGGGGUUUGUGUUUGGAAUGGGAGAAUUUAUACCAACAUUCUGGGUUGCCAUAACUAAGCUUGGCCACAGCUAUGUGAUUGUAUUUUUUGUACAAACAGUAGAGUACGAGGUACGCAGAAGGACCUUCCUGCCGGGCCGUCGCCGGAGUGUUGGAGGAGAACACGAUGACACAGGAAGGAAGCGCUCAACAACAUUCCAUGUACAGAGACAAUGUACAGAAUAUUUAUU